AUGACCAAAGCUCCAAGUACAAUGGAGCGGCUGCUAAAGUCGCAUUCUUCGCUUAUCCUCAUCAUCGUCUUGACACUUUUCUGCACCAUUACGCUCCUGCAUCUCCUUACCGUCGUCGAGUUUUUCCACCAGGCCGGCGCGCAGCCCAACGACGGCGCCGCGCGUCCUCGCCCAGUCUACGCAGUUGCCCACCGCGUGUUGACGACACAGCAAGUCGCGGAGGCGCUACGUCAGGGCGCAAAUGCGCUCGAGAUUGACGUCACGGCCUGGAAGGAAGGAUGGUUCGGGGAUCAUGACGGCGUCUGGGAAAAUAUAGGCGACUCCGUCGAAACGCUCUUCCGAGCCGCUGCCAAGGCCCGGGAAGCCGGGAGCAACCUCACCUUCGUCUGGCUGGACAUCAAAGACCCGGACUGGUGCGAUCCGCAUGACGAGGACUGGCGACACUGCUCGGUGGCCGCUCUGCAGGAACAAGCACGCCAAAUAUUGGAGCCGGCGGGUGUUCGUGUGCUGUACGGCUUUGCCGACGAUACCGCCUGGGGUGUUGGGUACGACUUUAUCUCGCGCCACAUCAACAAGAACGAAGCUCUCAACUUGGAUGGCAAGGGACAAGACCUCCAGGAGCGUUUUCGUAACGCCAAUAUGACGGAAACUGCACGACGGGUACUAUCGUACGGGGCUUCGUCGGUAACGUGGGACUUUGGAAACUGCUACGAAGACGGCGUUUAUACGUGCACGGUUCUUCGCCAAGCCAUGGAGUCGGGAAACUUUGGGCGCGUCUUCGCCUGGACGCUCCACGGAGGGGAGAGAAGAAGCGUGGUCGACUUUUUGUUUGGGAAUGCCGGCGUCGAUGGAAUUAUAUAUGGAUCUGAAAAUGACCCAUUUCGAGACAACUUGGAUACUCGCGCCAUCUAUCAAGAUAUCAGAGAAUGGGUGGAUAGGAAUGGCCAUGGGCGAUAUUGGGCAGCGGCAAAUGAUAGUCCGUGGUAA